AUGCAGCAACCGGAAGAGGGGGCCACUGCGGUGGAAAAAGUCCCCGACCAGGUGAUGGCUGGUGAACAGAUCUCAUCCUCGCAAGAAAAGGUUGCGGAGAAGAACUACGACUCUGGUUCGACGUUGUCCGGAACCGCCAAGGAGAAUGGAAGCAAAACCGCGCUGUCCUUGGAUGACGAUGCGAUCUUUGCGCAUUUGCCUCAGCAUGAGAAGGAUAUCCUGAAGAAGCAGCUCGAUGCUCCGGUGGUCAAGAUCUCAUUCUUUGGCCUGUAUCGCUAUGCCUCUAGGAUGGAUAUCUUGAUUUUGGUGGUUAGCGGUCUCUGCGCUAUUGCUGCGGGUGCUGCUAUGCCGCUCUUCACGAUUCUCUUCGGUUCCUUGACUACUGCCUUCCAGGGCAUCCAAUUGGGGACAAUGACCUACCACGAUUUUUACCACGAACUAACGAAGAAUGUCCUGUAUUUCGUUUACCUCGGUAUCGGCGAGUUUGUCACCGUUUACAUUAGCACUGUCGGUUUCAUCUACACUGGCGAGCACGUCACCCAGAAGAUUCGCGAGCAGUACCUCGAAGCUAUCCUCCGCCAGAACAUUGCCUACUUUGAUAAGCUGGGCGCCGGUGAAGUCACUACCCGUAUCACCGCUGACACCAACCUGAUCCAGGAUGGUGUCUCUGAAAAGGUCGGUCUGACUUUGACCGCCGCCGCAACCUUUGUCACUGCUUUCAUCGUUGCCUACGUCAAGUAUGCCCCUCUGGCUGGUAUCUGUACCUCGACCAUUGUCGCGCUGCUUCUCAUUAUGGGUGGUGGAUCCCGGUUCAUCGUUAAGUACAGCAAACUGUCUCUGGAGAGUUACGGUGCCGGUGGUACCGUUGCGGAAGAAGUCAUCAGUUCCAUUCGCAAUGCCACUGCCUUUGGUACCCAGGACAAGCUGGCCAAGCAGUACGAGGUGCACUUGCGCACUGCCGAACGGUGGGGUACGCGCCUGCAGAUGGCCCUGGGUGUCAUGGUUGGUGGUAUGUUCGGUGUCAUGUUCCUGAACUACGGUCUGGGCUUCUGGAUGGGCUCGCGAUACUUGGUCGAGGGCAAGGUCAAUGUCGGCCAGGUCUUGACUAUUCUCAUGGCCAUUCUUAUCGGUUCGUUCAGUUUGGGUAACGUCGCUCCCAACGCUCAGGCAUUCACCAAUGCCGUGGCUGCUGCUGCCAAGAUCUUCAGCACCAUUGACCGUGUCUCGCCCGUUGAUCCUACUUCGGACGAGGGUAUCAUCCCCGAUCACGCCGAGGGUGAAAUCGAGUUCCGCAAUGUCAAGCACAUCUACCCCUCCCGCCCCGAAGUCACCGUCAUGCAGGACGUUUCCCUAUCGAUGCCUGCUGGCAAGACUACCGCCCUGGUUGGACCUUCGGGUUCUGGCAAGUCUACCGUUGUCGGUCUGGUUGAGCGUUUCUACUUGCCCGUCGGUGGUACCGUUUACUUGGACGGCCACGAUAUUCAGACUUUGAACCUGCGCUGGCUGCGUCAGCAGAUCUCCCUUGUCCAGCAGGAGCCCGUUCUUUUCGGUACUACCAUCUACAAGAACAUCCGUCACGGUCUGAUCGGCACCCGCCUUGAGAACGAGCCCGAGGAACGCAUCCGUGAACUUAUCGAGAACGCUGCCAAGAUGGCCAAUGCCCACGAAUUCAUCAUGUCCCUGCCUGAGAAAUACGAGACCAACGUCGGCCAGCGUGGUUUCCUGCUGUCUGGUGGUCAGAAGCAGCGCAUUGCUAUUGCCCGUGCCGUCGUUUCGGACCCCAAGAUUCUCCUGCUGGAUGAGGCUACCUCUGCCCUGGAUACCAAGUCUGAGGGUGUGGUGCAGGCUGCUCUGGACCGUGCCGCCGAGGGCCGUACCACCAUCGUCAUCGCUCAUCGCCUUUCCACUAUCAAGACUGCUCACAACAUCGUCGUCUUUGUCAACGGCCAGAUUGUUGAGCAGGGUACUCACGACGCCCUGAUUGAGACUGCGGGCCCUUACUCCAAGCUCGUCGAGGCCCAGCGCAUCAACGAGGAGAAGGAGGCUGAUGCUCUUGCUGAUGAGGAUGUGGAGGACGACUCGGAUGAGGCUUUGGACAAGCAGAGCAUUGCCCGUGUCAAGUCCGUGGCCAGUGCCUCGAGCGCUCGCAAGGAUGAAGAGGCUGGGGUGCUGUUCCCCGAGGAUGUCCGCCGUGCAGAGACCCGCAAGUCUGUCUCCAGCGUGAUCCUCUCAAAGAAGGGCCCCGACCCGAAGGCCAAGUACUCGCUCUGGACUCUGAUCAAGUUUAUCGCCUCAUUCAACAGGGAGGAGUGGAAGUACCUGGUUCUCGGUUUGAUCUUCUCUUGUCUCGCUGGUGGUGGUCAGCCCACCCAGGCUUUCCUCUACGCCAAGGCUAUCAGCGCUCUGUCUCUGCCCAAGUCUGAGUACGCCAAGCUCCGAUCCGAUGCCAACUUCUGGUCAUUGAUGUUCCUGGUCGUCGGUAUUGUCCAGUUUAUCACUUUCUCGACUCAUGGUAUUGCCUUUGCGUUCUGCUCUGAGCGUCUCAUCCGCAAGGCUCGCAGCAAGGCUUUCCGUGUUAUGCUCCGUCAGGAUAUCAACUUCUUCGAUCGCGAGGAGAACAGCACCGGUGCUUUGACCUCGUUCCUUUCCACUGAGACCAAGCAUCUUUCCGGUAUCAGUGGACAGACCCUGGGUACAAUUCUGAUGACCUCCACCACCCUGAUUGCCGCCAUCGUCAUCUCCCUCUCUUUCGGCUGGAAGCUGGCUCUUGUCUGCAUCAGUGUCGUUCCCGUUCUUCUCGGCUGUGGUUUCUACCGUUUCUACAUGCUCGCUGCUUUCCAGGCCCGCUCCAAGCUCGCCUACGAGGGCUCUGCCAGCUAUGCCUGCGAGGCUACCUCUGCCAUCCGCACUGUUGCCUCUCUCACCCGCGAGACCGAUGUCUGGGAUGUCUACCACGAUCAGCUCGAGUCACAGGCUCGCGUCAGCUUGAUCUCCGUCAUCAAGUCGUCCACUCUUUACGCCGCCUCCCAGGCUCUGGUCUUCUUCUGUGUUGCUCUUGGCUUCUGGUACGGUGGUACCCUGCUUGGUCACGGCGAAUACGAUACCUUCCGCUUCUUCGUCUGCUUCAGUGAAAUCCUGUUCGGCGCCCAGUCUGCCGGUACCGUCUUCUCGUUCUCUCCCGACAUGGGCAAGGCUAAGAACGCUGCGUACGAGUUCCGCAAGCUGUUCGACCGUCGCCCGACUAUCGACACCUGGUCCGAGGAGGGUACCACUGUUGACCACAUCGAUGGAGAAAUCGAGUUCCGCGACGUCCACUUCCGCUACCCUACCCGUCCCGAGCAACCCGUCCUCCGCGGCCUGAACCUCAGCGUCAAGCCCGGUCAGUACAUCGCGCUCGUCGGACCUAGUGGAUGCGGUAAGAGUACUACCAUCGCCCUUUUGGAGCGCUUCUACGACGCCCUCUCCGGCGGUGUCUUCGUCGACGGCCACAACAUCGCCGAUUUGAACGUCAACUCGUACCGCAGCCACCUCGCCCUCGUCAGCCAGGAACCCACCCUCUACCAAGGUACCAUUAAGGAUAACAUCCUGCUUGGCAUCGACCAGGACGAUAUCCCCGAAGCCGAACUCGUCAAAGCCUGCAAGGACGCCAACAUCUACGACUUCAUCAUGUCCCUCCCCGAAGGCUUCAACACCGUCGUCGGCUCCAAGGGCGGCAUGUUAUCCGGUGGCCAAAAGCAGCGUGUCGCCAUUGCCCGCGCGCUUCUGCGAAACCCGAAGAUCCUGCUUCUCGACGAGGCUACCUCUGCCUUGGACUCGGAGUCUGAGAAGGUCGUUCAGGCUGCGCUUGAUGCGGCGGCGAAGGGCCGGACUACGAUUGCCGUUGCUCAUCGAUUGAGUACUAUCCAGAAAGCGGAUAUUAUUUAUGUCUUUGAUCAGGGUAAGAUUGUGGAGAGUGGUACGCAUACGGAGCUGUUGAGGAAUAAGGGUCGUUAUUAUGAGUUGGUUAAUUUGCAGAGUCUUGGUAAGACGCAUUAA